AGAGGAAUAAAGUGUUCCUCCUGGAUCUUAUCGAGCCCUCUCUCCCUUCUCUCCUUGUCCACCUCUUGCUUGCGGCUUGUGUCCAUGUAAGUUGGGGAAGCCCUGGAGAGGACACACAAUGGAGCGAAGAGCCUGUGGCAACUGGGCCGUUGUACUGCUGAGAGGGGGAUGGGGUAGAGAGAGGACCGGUUCACACAGCUAAACAGCCUGCCGGCUGUAGGCUUCCACGGCCUUUCCUCCCUGCCUGGAACCACUGUUGCCAGGCUGGGGCUUUUUUUGUAGAACAAACUUCGCUUGGACUACACUAAGGAUUACUACUGUGUUCUGUGGGAUUUUAGGAUACCUGAAGAAUUGAUCUCUCCUGUGUUUUGGAUGAGGAGAAAGGAAACAAACUUCUGUGUAAAUUUUUUGUGACCGUUUUUGGUUUCUGUUUCUGUUUAGUGGAGUUUAUAAAUGGAUUACAAGAUGCAUGCCAAGUCAAACGAUUUGCUGGAUUUUCAAAAACUGGACGCCCUUCUGGAAAAAAUUGCACAUUCCGUCUCUGUGAAAAGAGAAUCCAGCGAGGAGUGCAAUGGGAUCAGCGGUGCUCUGUCAGUGGAGUCUGUGCCGGGGCCAAGACUGAACUGGUGUCCUGCCAACACCACUACCCCUGCCCCUGCCCCUGCUCCUGCUCCGGGGCCAGAGCCCACGCCCAACCCUGUUAGAAUGGGGGACGGCAUGGAUGCAGCGCAAAUGUCGGGCAGCAGCAGUAGCAGCAGCCAGGGGCAGGCCCAAUCAAUGGGCAACCCCCCACCCCCAGAGUACAUCAAUCCUGACAGGCCGAAGCGCCAGACCAAUCAGCUGCAGUACCUGCUCAAGAUGGUGGUGAAGGCCCUGUGGAAGCACCAGUUUGCCUGGCCCUUUCAUGCACCAGUGGAUGCGAUCAAACUUAACCUGCCUGACUACUACACAAUAAUCAAAAAUCCUAUGGACAUGGGAACAAUCAAGAAAAGGCUUGAGAACAGUUACUACUGGAAUGCCCAAGAAUGUAUCCAAGACUUCAACACGAUGUUUACCAACUGUUACAUAUACAAUAAGCCUGGAGAUGACAUAGUCUUAAUGGCUGAGGCGCUAGAGAAGGCUUUCCUCCAAAAGGUCACAGAAAUGCCUCAAGAAGAAACUGAGAUUGUUGUCAUGACAGGCAAGGGCCGGGGCCGGGGUCGGAGAGACGGAGGUCUGAACUUGAAACCAGGGGCCAUCAUUGAUUCUUCAUCCACGACUCCUCAAACACGUGGUCUGUCAAACCUCUCCGCAGCACCGCAGACCAGAGGACCAGUGCAGGGCCCACCUUCACUACCUCCCCAGCCUUUGAUGCAGGCCCUGCCGUCCCAUGUGCCCCCAACGUUAUCCAGCCACGCGCCACAGCUUGGAGCUCCCUACUCCCUGGGCCAGUCAGACUGCGCUCAAGUUCCCAUCAUGACUUCUGUGCCUCCUCCUGCUCAAACCUCCCUUCCCCCAGCAUCCAUCCAGAGCACUACCCCAAUGCUGCAGAACCCUAUAACUAUGACCAAACAAAGAAAGAGCCAGAAAAGGAAAGCAGACACUACAACGCCCACAGCAAACGACCAACUGAGUGAGUCUUCACCAGCAGAGUCCAAAUCUGGGAAGACACUACCCAGGCGAGAGAGUGCCCGGCCUAUGAAACUAAUGAAGAAGGAUGCCCCAGACUCCCAACAUCACAUAGGCAUGGGGAUGGGACUGAGCGGACCAAGUGGAGGUCAUAGCCCCAAACCACAGGAUCAGCUGGGAUACUGUGCAAGUCUGGUUAGGGAUAUGCUGUCCAAGAAGCACGCUGCUUAUGCCUGGCCAUUCUACAAACCUGUUGAUGUGGAUGCACUGGGACUACAUGAUUAUCAUGAUAUCAUCAAACAUCCAAUGGACCUCAGCACCAUUAAGGCCAAGCUGGAGAACCGGCAAUACCGGGAACCCCAGGAGUUUGCUGCUGAUGUACGAUUAAUGUUUUCCAACUGCUACAAAUAUAAUCCACCAGACCAUGAGGUGGUAGCUAUGGCACGCAAGCUACAGGAUGUGUUUGAGAUGCGCUUUGCUAAGAUGCCAGAUGAACCUGAGAGCAAGCCCCUGGUUUCUGCUCCAGCUCCUACACUUCAUCAUCCAGCCCCUGUUAAGCCCCAGCCUCCUUUGGCCCAUGUCCCCUCAUCUUCAGACAGCUCCAGUGACUCGUCCUCUGAGUCUGAGUCUUCCACAGAUGACUCUGAAGAAGAGAGAGCCCAGAGGUUGGCAGAGCUCCAAGAACAGCUGAAGGCUGUCCAUGAGCAGCUGGCUGCCCUGUCCCAACCACAAGCCAGCAAACCAAAGAGAAAAGAGAAGGAAAAGAAGGAGAAGAAGAAAGAAAAGCAUAAGAAGAAAGGAGGCGUGCCUGGCCUUGUAGAUGAGAUCCAGGAGGCUACACCCGUUCCGCAGCUAUCUAAGAAGACCAAGACCAGUAACAAUAACAACAAAGAGGUUGUUUCCAAGAAGAAACCCAGUAAAAAGGAAGUGAUGAAAAGCAGUCAUCCCUCCAACCUGCAGCCAUUUCCCAGCCUUGAAGACGACAUGGGGGCAGCUGGCUCAUCAGCUACAGUGGAAAAAUGCAAACCAAUGACAUACGAAGAGAAGAGACAGCUGAGCUUGGACAUCAACAAGCUGCCUGGUGAUAAACUCGGCCGUGUAGUGCAUAUCAUCCAGUCCAGAGAGCCUUCACUCAAAAACUCAAACCCUGAUGAGAUCGAAAUUGACUUUGAGACGCUAAAGCCUUCCACUCUACGCGAGCUGGAAAGAUAUGUGUCUUCCUGCCUCCGCAAGAAGAAAAAGGUUCCAGUUGAGAAGCCUGUGGAGUCCAUGGCUACCUCCAAAAAGACUGGCUCCUCUUCAGAGAGCAGUGGCUCCAGCACAGAUAGUGAAGCUGAGGCGACAGGAAUUAUAAAGCAGCAGAAGAAGAAGGGCCAGUCUGUGAAGGAGGGCAAGAAGAUGCACCCUCACAUUCAGGGUGGCCCUGCUCAGACUGGGCUUCAUUCCCAAGCAGCAGGCCUUCAGUCCAGCAGUCAGAUGAAGCAGCAGCAGCAUCAGCCAUCUCCUGCAGGCUUCCUUGCUCCACCUGUAGCCGCUCUGGAGUCUUCCCAGUUACUGGAGAAUAGUUUUGAUUCCAUGGCGCCUUUCGGCCAGCCCCUCAUGCACCUGUCCCACCACACAGGCAACUCCUCCUCACCUGUACCUCCACACCUCAACACUCAUUCUGCUGGGCCAGUUUCCCCUGAGACCCACCCCUUCCUCAACCAGCAUCCCAUCCUCCCAUCUCCAGCCUUGCACAGUUCCAUGCCUCAGCAGCCUUCUCGACCCAGUCACAAGGCAGCGCCACUUCAUCCAAAACCCCCUCAUCAGCAACCAGCACCUCCUCAGCAACAGCCAACCCUGCCGCCGCAACAACAGCAGCAGCAACAACAGCAGCAGCAGCAGCAGCAGCAGCAGCAGCAACAACAGCAGCAGCAGCAGCAACAACAACAGCAGCAGCAGCAGCAACAACAACAACAGCAACAGCAGCAGCAGCUGCAACCCCAGUCAGCACCACCACCACCGCACCAGCUCUCUUCUCAGAUCCUCCACCCUCCUCAGCCCCUGCACCAGCGGCCCAUGUCCCCUCCAACACUCACACCCCAGGGCUUGCUGUCUUCCCAGCCUCCCCAGAUGCUGCUGGAGGAUGAUGAAGAGCCAGGGUCUACAACGCCUAUGAACGUACAAUUAUACAUGCAGCAGUUCCAGCAAUCCCGUCAGCCCCAGCAAUCCAUGCAGUCGCUUCAGGCACAGGCUCGCCAGCAGCAGCAGCUGCAACAACAACCAGGGCCGACAUCUCUCCUGCAGUCUGUCCAGAUACAAUCUCAACUAUCCUCUCAGACCACGCUGCCUCCUCCCCAGCUCCCUGUUCAGGCUCAGCCAGCCCCAUUACAUCAGGCCCCACCCCAACAGGUUCCUCUACACCCGGCCCGCCACAUGCUGCACACUCAGCAGCCACAACAGCAGCAACUGAACUACCAGCAGGGUCCUGGACUAGCUGGUCAGUCCCAAGCAUCACAACACAAGGUAUCCAUGCCCAAUAACAAAGCACAGCAGAUCAUCCAGCAGGAGCAGCCCUCCCCUCGCCCGACCAAGGGAGACCCUUACAACACAGGUCACAUGAGGGACAACCCAUCCCCUCUUAUGAUGCAUUCCCCACAACUUCCCCAGUACCCACCUGUGUCUCACCAGUCUCCACCUCACAACAUGCAACCCAAAAAGCAGAGGGCCCCUGUGAGUCAAGGUGGGUUAAAGGAGGAGAAGCUUCCUCCAUCACCAGUGAUGAGAGGAGAGCCAUUUAACCCUGCAAUGAGACCAGACCAUCACAAACAUCCUGAUAACAAGCCUCCUCAACCAGGCCAACAGAAUGUGAAGUCCAUGGACAGUUCGCGGCCUGUCAUCCGCUCCUCUGAGCCCAUUGGGCUGCCCCCCUCUCUGCAAGACAAGGAUAAGUUCAAGCAGGAGUCUAAGGCGCCCGUUGCCCCCAAAAAGGUACAGGAUGUGAAACUGAAGAACAUGGGCUCAUGGGCCAGCCUGGCACAAAAGUCCACAUCUACGCCUUUAUCUGCAGUGAAGUCAUCGAGUGACAGUUUUGAGCAGUUCCGUCGUGCUGCCCGGGAGAAGGAGGAGAGGGAAAAAGCCCUGAAAGCCCAAGCCGAGCAGGCGGAAAAAGACAGACUACGCAGAGAGCAGGACAAACUACGAGGACGAGAUGAAGAGGAUGUCAUGGAGCCAAGCAGAAGGGUGCACGAGGAGCCACGCAGGCGUCUGGAGCAGCAGCACAUCCAAGCUCCUUCGCAACAACAACAGCAGCAACAACAGCAGCAGCAGCAGGAGCCCCAGCCAGCUGCUAUUCAGCAGCAGCCACCGCCUCAACCCCCCACCCCACCUCAGCCCGCCACACAGAACCCACUAGACCAACAGAGGGAGCUGGCACGACGCCGAGAGCAGGAGAGGAGGAGGCGAGAAGCGAUGGCAGCAACUAUUGACAUGAAUUUCCAAAGUGACUUAAUGGCUAUCUUUGAGGAAAAUCUGUUUUGAGGAGAGGAGUUACUGAAGCAUGACUGCAAACAAAAAAGAAAAAAAAAGAAAAAAGCUUGGAUGAUGUAAACUUCCUCUAAAA